UAAAGAGAGCAACUUUCCACAUUUCUCACCAUCCAGCACAAACAUUAAUAUUCCUGUUUCCACUCAUACAAUUAUCAUUCAACGUCCAUACCAUGUCACCAACAAACACUUUUGCAAUUUUGGUCAUCUUGAGCUGCGCCAUCUCAUUUGCCUUCGCUUCUGAUCCUGACACUCUUCAAGACCUUUGUGUGGCACUUCCCUCUUCAGGUGUGAAGGUGAAUGGAUUUGCCUGCAAAGAAGAGUCAAAUGUAACAGAAGCUGAUUUCUUCUUUGCUGGUUUAGCCAAGCCUGGAGCUACCAACAACACAUUGGGAUCAGUGGUUACUGCAGCCAACGUGGACAAAAUUCCAGGACUUAACACAUUGGGGGUGUCUUUCUCAAGGAUAGACUACAAAGCUGGGGGACUUAACCCUCCUCACACACACCCUCGUGCCACUGAGAUUGUGUUUGUGUUGGAUGGCCAAUUAGAUGUUGGAUUUAUCACCACAGCCAACAAACUCAUCUCAAAGUCCAUUAAGAAGGGUGAAAUCUUUGUGUUCCCAAAAGGGUUGGUGCAUUAUCAGAAGAACAAUGGGGAUAAGCCUGCUUCUGUGCUUUCUGCCUUCAACAGCCAACUUCCUGGCACCUUCUCUGUAGCUGCAGCUCUUUUCACAUCAUCACCAACUGUUCCUGAUGAUGUUCUUGCUCAGGCUUUCCAGAUUGAUACCAAACAGGUUGACAACAUUAAGGCCAAGCUUGCUCCUAAGAAGAGUUAAGUUGAGUUUCAUGUCAUGCCUGAGAGAGCAAGAUUCAGUUAUGAUUAAGCCUAUAAUUUUCCUAUAUUUUCCCUAUAAUUCUUGAAAUGUUAUGAUUUAUGACUUAUGGUGUUGCAGUUUGCUCAUUAAUUAAGUAUAAGAAUAUUAUUGUAUCGGGGAUUAUAGUACAUGUACGAGUAAUACAAAUUCUAUAAAGUUGAAGUUGUCACCAUGUAUGUGGGUAUGUUCCUUAUUUGGUUUUGUGGUUCAUUUUGUAAAGACAGAAACACUGAAUAAUGAUUGGACUUUUACCACCA